GAAGGGAGGAUGUGUGACAAGAGUCAGCUGCUAGGAACUGGGUAAAGCUAAACCAGCCCAGUCUUAAGGCGCUCCGGCCCCCAGGCCACCCCGGCUGCUUGCUGGUUUCUUUCUUGAGCUCAGAGGACCUAGGAGUCCGGGGGCACAGCCUCCUCCUCUCUCAGAGACCCAGAAGUCUGGAUUACCAGCCUCUUGAUCACCCAGGACCCAGAAACCCCGCGCUCACCCGAUGGAGCCCUGUCGGUCCCUGGCCCUGCUGACUGGCUCCCUGGGCCUGAUGUCCAUCUUGGUUGCUCUGAGCACAAAUUUCUGGUUCGUUGCCGAGGGGCCCACCUCUUCAUCUCAUUCGGGCCUCUGGCCAAAGGGGCUUCAGGACUCAAUAGCAGGCUACAUCCACGUGACACAGAGCUUCUGCAUUCUGGCCACCCUGUGGGGCCUGAUCUCUGUGAGCUUCCUGGUGAUGUCCUGCAUCCCCGCACUGUCUGCCCCUGGACGUGGCCCCCUGGUCUCCACCUUCACAGCCUUUGCCGCAGCCCUCUCCUUGAUGGUGGCCAUGGUGGUCUAUACUAUUGAGCGGUGGAACCAGCCUGGACACCCCCAGAUCCAGUCCUUCUUCUCCUGGUCCUUCUACCUGGGCUGGGUUUCAACUGUCCUCUUUCUGUGUGCAGGUGGCCUGAGUCUGGGUGCUCACUGCGGGGCACACCGGCCCGGCUAUGAGAGCGUGUGAACCGUGUGGAUGGCUUUGGGGCCCUGCCCUCUGAAGGCACCAUCAGGAGCCGCGGGAAGCUCUGGUUCUCCUCCCGGUCCUCACUCCCAGGCUCUGCAGCCUCCUUCCUUUGUGUCUUCGUUCACUCCACAAAAAUUUGCUGGGACCCAGUUAUUCCGAGGUUAAUGCAGCCCCAGCAGAAGCUGACGACACACCAGCUCCACAGUGGGAGACCCUGGGCACCCAGAGAGUGUUCCCACCCAGAGUG